AUGAGCUGCAUCGAGGAAACGGUCCCUUCUGAGAAGUUCUUUGACAAUCUGGGCCAAGAACAAGCAGAUAUAUCUGACCAAGAAAUCAAAGUGGACUUGGAUGCAGUCAUUCAACAACUGGAAGCAAUAGAUCUCCAACUGCAAAGGUACGCUAGACAAUAUGAGAAAAAACAACUAGCAGAGCUCCAUGAAAAUAGCCAAACUCAAAAAGAAUUGGAUGCAAUGUCCAACGCUAUGCAAGUGGCGAAAGAAGCCAUUUUGAACGCCAAUGAAGCUUUGCAAAAAGAACGUCAGGAGCUACACAAUAUGACACAUGAUAAAUCCUUUGAUGAGAACUAUGAUAAAGUCAAAGCAGAGCUCUUAGCAGCAAGCCAGCAAAACGAGGCGUUGAGACAAGAAAUUCAGGAGCUCAGGAGAAGACCCCAAAAUGAAGCAUCUUUGGAGGAAUUGUGUAAUGUCAUUAAGGAGGAAACAGAGGCCAUGAGGCUCCAAAAUGACAGCAUACAAGAGGAAAUCCAGGAGCUCAAAGAAAAGCGUAGAAAUUUAACUGCUCUGGAUGAAACGUAUGACACACUGAAAGCAGAGAAAGAGGCGAUAAGCCAGCAAAAUGACGACCUGAGACAAGAGAUUCGGGAGAUAUCCAAAGAUCUCCGAUAUGAAAAGGCUCUGCGGGAAAUGAAUGAGCAAAUGGAAGUUUCAAAAGUGACCAUCAGCCAGCAGAACGCAGCACUGAAAGAACAACGCCAGAAGCUCUACAAAGAUUAUGAAGAUCAAAAGAUUUUCGGUGUCAUGUGUAGGGAGAAGUUGCACAACAUGGGAUUUAUGUGCAGAGAAAAUGAAGACAUCCAAAUAGACAUUGAGGACCUUACCAGUAGGAUCCAGAACAGAAAAGCCAUGAAAGACAAAUAUAAAGCCCUGAAAGCAGAAGAAAAAGUUGUCUCUGCAAAACAAAAUGAGCUUCUUAAAACACUUGCAACGCUCCACUCAAAGUUUCGAGGUAUGAAAGAAUAUGAACGCAAGUGUGGUCCGCUGAGAGAGGAGAUAGGAGCCUUAAGACAACGCAACGAUGAACUCCAUCAAGAAAUCCAACAGUGCAGUGAGGAGAUAGAAAACAAAACUGUUACAAAGGCAAUUUAUGACUCACUGAAAGGAGAGAAAAAGAAUCUAACGCACAGAAAUAAAAUCCUGAAAAAAGAAAUUCAGGAGGUGGAGAAAAGGCUUGUAAAGGAACAAGCUUUGGUAGACAGGAAUGAUGUCGUGAAAGAAGAAAACGAAGCCUUGAUCCAACAAAACCACACAUUACAGCUGGAGGUUGAAGAGCUCUACGGCAGACUGCAAAGUGAAAAAAUACUGGAGGUCCUGUACAAAUCGCUGACAACGGAAAAAGAUGCCACGAGUCGAAGAAAUGAUGUACUUCGACGAGAGGUCCAGAAGCUCAAAGAAAAGCUGAACAGUGAAAGAGCUUUAGAAAGUGCACGCAAUGCAAUGAAGGCUGAGAAACAGAAGGUCGACCGAGAGCACGCAGCACUACAGCAAGAAAUUCAAGACCUGAACAGCUCCUGAAGAGCUAUAUGGAAAGCUGACAUACAUUGUUUUUGCUUUCCAAGGGAAAAAAGGGUAUGGAUUUAACUUCAGCCUCACACAAAAAGGUGCUGGUUUAAUUUCUGGGCCUGACUCUUUUUGUGUGGAGUUGGAUUUUCUCCCCUGUGUGAAUGUGUGUGAGUGGUUGUUUGUUUCUAUGUGCCCUGUGUUGGACUGGCGACCUAUCCAGGUUGUACCCGGCCUCUCACCUAAUGUCAGCUGGGAUUGGCUCCAGUCGAGCAUAUGGAUGAAACUUCAGCCUCACACAAAAAGGUGCUGGUUCAAUUCCCGGGCCUGACUCUUUUUGUGUGGAGUUGGAUUUUCUCCUCAUGUUGACCUAAAAAUACCAAACCACAAACUAAAAGAGGGGCGGCACAGUGGCGCAGUGGUUAGCACUGUCGCCUCAGAGCAAGAAGGUCCAGGGUUUGAACCUUGGUCAUCUGCGUCUCUGUGUGGAGUUCAUAUGUUCUCCCCGUGUCUGUCCCGGUUCUCUCCGGGUGCUCCGGCUUCCCCCCACAUCAUAAAACAUUUAUUAUGUAGAUUCUAAAUUGACCAAAAAUACCAAACCACUAACUAAAAGAGGGGCGGCACAGUGGCGCAGUGGUUAGCACUGUCGCCUCAGAGCAAGAAGGUCCAGGGUUUGAACCUUGGUCAUCUGCGUCUCUGUGUGGAGUUUACAUGUUCUCCCCGUGUCUGUCCCGGUUCUCUCCGGGUGCUCCGGCUUCCCCCCACCGUCCAAAGACAUGCAGGUUAAUUGGUGACUCUAAAUUGUGCUUAAGUGUGAAUGUGUAUGAAUGGAUGUUUGUUUCUAUGUGCCCUGUGAUGUUUGAUGUUCUCCCCUCUCCACCAUGGGGUUACUCCAGGUGCUCCAGUUUCCUCCCACACCAGAAAACAUAUAUAAUAUGUGGAUUCUUAAUUGACCUCAAAA